AUGUCCAAAUCUCGUCUCUUCCAGCCCCUAAAGGUCGGCAAUGUAAACUUGCAGCACCGCAUGGUGAUGGCACCAUUGACACGGUUCAGGGCCGAUGACCACUAUGUGCCUCUGCCGCUCGUCAAGGAGUACUACGCCCAACGCGCCUCGGUGCCGGGAACUCUUAUCAUCACAGAAGCCAUGUUCAUCUCUCAACAAGCCAGCGGGUACCCCAACGUGCCCGGUAUCUGGUCCAAGGAGCAGAUCGCCGCGUGGAAGGAAAUCACAGACACGAUUCACUCCAAGGGAAGUUUCGUGUUUGUUCAGCUCUGGGCCCUCGGCCGCGUCGCCAGCCCCGACAACGCCAAGGCGGAAGGCUUCGAGAUCAAGAGCGCAAGCCCCAUACCCGAAAGCUCCGAUAAGCCCGUGCCCAAGCAGAUGACGGAGGAGGACAUCCAAUCCUUCAUCAGCGACUACGCCCAGGCGGCACGCAACGCCGUCGAGGCCGGCUUCGAUGGUGUUGAAGUGCACGGGGCCAACGGGUACCUGGUUGAUCAAUUUACCCAGGACGUGUCGAACCAGCGUUCGGACAAGUGGGGAGGCAGCAUUGAAAACCGGUCGCGCUUCGCCCUCGAAGUGAUCGGUGCCAUCGUUAAGGCCAUAGGCGCCGAUAAGGUCGCCAUCCGCUUGUCUCCCUGGUCGUCGUUCCAGGGCAUGAAGAUGAAAAACCCCGUGCCGCAGUUUACGCACCUCGUCGAGAACCUCAAGCAGCACAAGCUGGCCUACCUCCACGUCGUGGAAGCCCGUCUUGAUGGCAACAAGGAUACUGAGACUGAUGAGAAGGUCUCAUUCGUCGUUGACGCGUGGAACAACACGUCCCCCGUGUUCAUAGCCGGUGGUUUCCAGGGCGACAGCGCGAAGAAGGCCGUCGAUGGGGAGUUCAAAGAUCGCGAGGUAGCGAUAGUGUUCGGCCGAUACUUCAUCUCUACACCGGACCUUCCGUACAGGAUCGAGAAGGGACUGCCGUUGAACGAGUACGACCGUGACACCUUUUACACUGCUGGUAAAAAAGAGGGGUAUACAGAUUACCCCUUCAGCGAGGAGUUCAAGAAGGAGAACAACUUGUGA